AUGUCCCAUCCAGAAAAGAACCAGUGGAUGAAAGCCAUGCAAGAGGACAUGGAAUCUUUGCAGAAAAAUGGCACGUUCAAGCUGGUUGAACUUCCAAAGGGGGGAGCUAUAUCAUGGCAGUCAAGGUUGCAGAACUGUGUCGCACUCUCUACAACUGAAGCGGAAUUCGUGCAGGCUGCACCAGAUGCAGUCUUUAGCACUGCUGUGACGUCCUUGAAGCCUGAGGAUGCAUAUGAUCCAAAUCGUGUAAAAUGUGUGGUUGACAAUCUUGGUUAUGCAAUAUAUUUUUCGCGAGGGCUUAUCCCUUAUAACAAGUCAGGCAAGGUUAAUCCUCAGUUUCCUUACUUGCUGCACCUCGGGAUCCAGAGCUAUGAUACAAAGUUCCUGAAGAUAUAUCCAGAACUGACACCAACACCAUUGCAACUAGAAGAAGAUCUUGAACAGCUGAAGGUCCUUGAGAAUGGAUACAAAAUGAAGGUCAUAAAAGUUGACCAUGAGACUCAUGGCGUUGACACCCCGGAAGAUGUAGAGAAGAUAGAGCGGUUCAUGCGUGAGAGAAACUUGGCUUAGAGCAAAGAGAGUUAUUUUUUGAUAACUUAUGCGACUCCUAGAGCUAUAAAGGUGGAGUUCUUUGGUUUCCAUUUGCACUUUGAAUUAACACGUCAUUUGUCUUUCAGAGUUAUUUUUGUGAAGAAAAAGAAAUAGGAACUUACUGUAUCAACAACAACAACAUACCCAAUGUAAUCCCACAAGUGCAAUCUAGGGAGGGUAGAGGGUAGAGGGUAUGCAGCCUUACCUUGUGAAGGUAGAGAGGCUGUAUGUAUCAAUCCUGCAAAUAGUUCAUAUUUAGUUUUCUAUGAUGUGUAUGUUUCACUUAGGUAUUCAUUGCUGUGGUAAGGUUGUGUAUUCUUAUUCUUUAAUUGGUUGAAGUCUAGAUUUUGUCGACAAGCCCUCUCUGUCUAUGACCAUAGUUGAGGUCGAGGGCUGUUCCUGAAUGCUAUUUAGAGAUAAAACUUGUCGGGAUUGUUUAUUGUUGUAUCUUCCAUGAGUUUGAACAAUAUUUUCUGCUUUGUUUAGUCAUUGGAAAUAUUUGAAUGCAUUUGAGCUUA